UCCAACCAUCUCUUACCUUUGCGAUCCUUAUAAAUACAGCACAUAAGACUGCAACAACAAUACACAACACAAACAAUUUCUACUAAAAAGCACAUUUGGCCAUCAUUUAUGGAGAAGAUGAACAUCAGAAGUUUAUUAUAUCUUUUUGUUUCUCUCAUUUCUUGUAUUGCCACCGCAUCCUCAAACUCAGGUUUGUCAUCACAUUAUUAUGAUCGCAUAUGCCCUGAAGCUCUUCCGACCAUCAAACGUGUGGUGGAGGAUGCAUUGGCACAAGAGCAACGCAUGGGUGCAUCUCUAUUACGUCUGCAUUUUCAUGAUUGUUUUGUUAAUGGAUGUGAUGGUUCCAUUCUUUUGGAUCAAACACCUACAAUAGACAGCGAGAAAAAUGCAGCUCCGAACGCAAAUUCAGCUAGAGGAUUCGAGGUUAUUGACAAAAUCAAGGAUGAGGUCGACAAAGUUUGUGGCCGCCCGGUGGUGUCAUGUGCAGAUAUCUUAGCUGUUGCCGCUCGUGAUUCUGUUGUUGCGCUUGGUGGCCCAUCAUGGAAAGUCAGGCUCGGAAGAAGAGACUCAACCACCGCUAGCCAAAGCGCAGCUAACGCUAACAUCCCGGCACCGUCCAUGAACUUACCUGCCCUUAUAAAAAACUUUGAGGACCAAGGGCUCGACGAGGAGGACUUAGUUGUGCUUUCAGGAGCACACACCUUAGGGUUUGCUCAGUGUCGAAACUUUAGGGAUCGUAUUUACAACGAGACCAACAUUGAUCCAGCCUUCGUGAGCCACCUUCAGACCAUUUGUCCACAAGUUGGGGGCGACUCAAGGCUCGCACCACUUGACCCGACACCAAACUCGUUUGAUGUGAAAUACUUUUCCAGUUUGGCGAGUAAAAAAGGACUUUUGAGCUCUGAUCAAGCACUCUUGGAUGGUGGUGAAACUGCUGAACUUGUUUUGAAAUACAGUGGGGACGCCGAAGAGUUCUGGGAGGAUUUUGCAGAGUCUAUGAUUAAAAUGGGUGAUAUAAAGCCAUUAACAGGGAAUAGAGGUGAAAUUCGCAACGAUUGUAGAAAAGUUAAUUAAAGAUAUUAAGAUUCGUUUGAGCAGGUUGAUUUGUUUUAUGAUAAUCUAAUUAUAUUAUGAAUUUUCGGGUUUUGUUUUCUAGUUUUGUUGGUGGGAUGUCUAUCUUGAAAUUGUAUAUCUUUUGCUUUUCAAAUUAAAGUUGUUUGCAA